AAUAGGACAGCUACAUGUUACCACCCGAUCGACACACGCGCACACCGAGUCGAUCGAUCGACCGCGCACAAGAAACACCUGCAAAAGCUCAUCAGGUCGCGGACUCGAUCGCGGUGGGUGGCAUUAAUCCGGCCGCGAGGGAAGUAGAUACUACUCCUAGAUAUAUAGGCAGACAUGCUCCCCGCCGCCGUGGCGGGCGCGCUGCCGCGGCGGCAGGCCGUCGCCAGGGCCUCCGUCUCGGCGCUGGCGGCCUCGCUGCCGCUGCUCUACGUGUCGCUGCUGCGCCCGCCGCCCGCCGCGCUCGCGGGGGACACCGCCUUCUGGUUCCUCAUGUCCAACUGCGUCAUCGCCGCCAUCGUCGCCACCUCCGCCGACGCCGGCGCGCUCCUCUUCAGGCCCGCGGCCGACGACGACGACGACGGUGGCGACGGUCCAUGCCGUGACGACGGCCUCUCCUGCGCGUCGGCAGGCCAGCCGCCGCCGGUCGACGUGCAGGCGGGCAUCAUCGCCAGCGACGCGGUGGUUCCUCCGUUGGCGGCGGCGGCGGCGGCCCAGGACUUUGACCAGCCACCCGCCGUGGAUGUGGAUAUCAAUGGCGGGCGCGUCCAACGAGAGGCGGGUAGCGUGGUGGCAAGUAGCUACUCCGUGCACCGUGCAUUGCCUUCGUUGAUCGAAGGAGGCGACGAGGAAGAAGAAGGUGCAGGGCAAGGGAGUGAACCGCGUCGCGCCGAGAUGAGUCAUCCCUUCCAGCAGAGAGGGGAGGACGAAGAGGACACAGUCGUCGAACCAAGCACCGUCAACAACAGCACGGUUGAAGUGGAGGCGCAGGGAGAAGAAGACAUCGAGGUCAUCCCGCUGGCGACCAUCGAGGAGGGCUCCGCGCUAGCCGAGCCAGAGCCAGAGGCAUGCUGGGCAAGGGUGACUAGCACCAGGAGCGUGCCAGUGGAAGAAGCAGCGGCCGCGAGGGAAGGUGGGCUCCGGCGAUCGGCGACCGUGGGCAGCAAGCCGGCAGAGGAGGAGAGCGAGUACUGGCAGCUGAGCGACGAGGAGCUCAACAGGAGGGUGGAGGAUUUCAUCGCGCGCUUCAACAGGGAGAUCAGGCGACAGGCCGAGCAGGAGGCAUCAUCAGUUCUAGGCUUCUAGGAGGCUACAGUUAUAGGGCUAUCUUGUAGAAAUUUAGAGGGUGCAGGCUUUGUAAUAUGGAAUGUAAUAUUAGUUAGUACGUUCGAGUUACCAUGUAUACAUAACCUAGGACUAGGAUCAUGUAGCACUGCUGUUGUAUACUUACUCCCUCCAGUUAUUAAUACACACUAGCGGAGAUGUAAGUGCCACAUGCACGUAUUUUAUUUUCUUUCAUCAA